GGUGACUAGCCCUUAAAAACGACGUCGGCUUAAGGGCCGUCGUAGUGACGUUAUUCUUGCUGGGAAAGGAAAGGGAGCGCAGAGGAGGAAGAGUAAAGAGGAGCGAAGGAAGACCAUGAAACCAUGAAUCUAUCUUCGGCAUCGGUAGAAAUUCCCAAUUAUAUUUUUAGGGCAAAAAACUGAAUACGAGAGAUUUAAUUUGGAGCUGAAAUUAAAGACUCCCGACCUUUUAGUCACAUGGCCUAGAAAGCAAAACAUGUUUCUCCUACGUGAGGGAGUAGGGCGACCUGCUGCUCUAAUUGGAUUCCUCAACCUGGAAACAGUGACUAAUUUACAUUUGUUUGGAGGAUGAAUUUUAAACUCCAUCAUUUGUUCUUGUAGAUAGCUUAGCACAGCAUUGUCAUGGUGUUUGAAUAGUGUGAUUUACAAUCAUGGAGGAAGAUGAGGACAAAGCUCUUCUCAGUACUUUGGGAAUAGCAUCUGCAAAUCCUGAAGACAUUGAGCGGGACAUUUUAGCAGAGGUGACAAACAAUACUGAAAAUGUCAGUGAAGGUGGAGGGAGCACUGAGGAGGAACUUGCUGACAAGUCAAAAAACAUUGACCCAUCAUCUACCAGCCAAACAAAACUUUAUAAUAGAUUGAGGGCUGUAAAAUUUGAAAUAGAUGCUGUUGCAUCCACUUUUGAACAAGUGAAAAAUGUUGCCAGUAGUGAGGACCAUGACGAUGAUGAUAAAGCUGAGUGUGGGGAUAGAGAGGAUGAUGAGUUGGUUUCUCCUAUUGAUUUCACCCUUCAACAAGCCCUAGCUGCUGACCGGCUAAAAUGUCUUAAGAGGACAAAGGUUCAAAUUGAGAAAGAACUUUCAGAUUUGCAAGAAGAUGAUGCUACCAAGGGUAUGGACUAUGAAAAUCUGUUGGCAGAUAUGGUUAAGGAAGAAUCUAGACCAAAAAGAAAGGCGAAGAAAGUUCAGAAACCAGGCAAAAAAAGGCAAAGGAGUCAGAAAACAGUUUCGUUUACUGAUGAUACAGAUUUUGAUGCAACGUUGGAUGCGGUGUCUGCAGGAUUUGUUGAAACAGAAAGGGAUGAACUGGUUAGGAAAGGUAUUUUAACACCUUUUCAUAAGCUUAAGGGCUUUGAACGCCGUCUUCAGCAACCAGGGCCAUCAAGUGGGUGCAAAGUAUCUGAGGAGGAGGACAGAAGUGAUGAUAUUGCCUCUGACAGUAUUGCUAGAGCUUCCCAGUUAAUGACAGAGGCCAUAAAAGCUCGCCCAAGGACUAAAAUGCUUGAUUUGGAUUCUUUGCCAAAGCUUGAAGCUCCCACUCAUCCUUUUCAGAGGCUGAGAGCACCUUUGCAAAUUCCUCGGUCCCUAGAAAGUGACGAGGAGAAAGGGAAGGGCUCCAAAAGGAAAAGAAAACGUCCUUUGCCAGGCCAGAAAUGGAGAAAACGUAUUUCACAUGAGGAAACCCUCUUGGAAGAAAGUGAUGAUGCAAAGUGCGCUUCAGUUACAUCCAGCUAUGAAGAUGAAAAGUUAGAGGAUGGUGAAGAUGUAGAUAAUGGCAAUUCUUCUUUUGUAACACUUGAAGGUGGGCUAAAAAUCCCAGAAGCUAUUUUCAACAAGCUUUUCGAAUACCAGAAAGUGGGAGUGCAGUGGCUCUGGGAACUGCAUUGCCAAAGAGCUGGUGGUAUUAUUGGGGAUGAGAUGGGUCUUGGUAAGACCAUCCAGGUCUUAUCUUUUCUGGGAGCAUUGCAUUUCAGUAACAUGUACAAAGCGAGCAUUGUUGUUUGCCCUGUCACACUUUUGAGACAAUGGAAAAGGGAAGCACAGAAGUGGUACCCACGCUUUCAUGUGGAGCUACUACAUGAUUCAGCACAGGAAUUUCCCCAUAGGAAAAAGCAGGCCAAAUCCUCUGAUAGUGAUAAUGAAAGUGAAGGUUCUCUCGACAGCAAUUAUGAGGGAAAUUUAUCAUCUAAAAAUUCCAAUAAAUGGGAUUCCUUGAUAAAUCGAGUUUUGAAAUCAGAAUCUGGGUUGCUUGUUACCACUUAUGAGCAACUAAGGUUACUAGGAGAAAAAUUGCUUGACAUUGAGUGGGGUUAUGCAGUUCUGGAUGAAGGACAUCGAAUUCGUAAUCCAAAUGCUGAAAUUACUCUGGUUUGCAAGCAGCUUCAAACGGUUCACCGUAUAAUAAUGACAGGAGCACCAAUUCAGAACAAGUUGAGUGAACUGUGGUCUCUGUUUGAUUUUGUUUUCCCUGGCAAACUGGGGGUACUGCCUGUUUUUGAGGCUGAAUUUGCUGUUCCUAUAUCUGUUGGUGGCUAUGCUAAUGCCUCACCGCUUCAAGUAUCUACAGCCUACAGGUGUGCUGUAGUCCUGCGUGACUUGAUUAUGCCUUAUCUUCUUCGGCGCAUGAAGGUGGAUGUGAAUGCUCAGCUUCCUAAAAAAACUGAACACGUCCUCUUUUGUAGCCUUACUGCAGAGCAACGUUCUGUAUAUAGAGCAUUUCUUGCAAGUACGGAGGUUGAACAAAUACUUGAUGGAAAUAGGAAUUCUUUAUAUGGAAUAGAUGUGAUGCGCAAAAUAUGUAACCAUCCUGAUCUGCUGGAGAGAGAACAUUCAUGUCAGAAUCCGGACUAUGGAAAUCCUGAACGAAGUGGAAAAAUGAAAGUCAUUGCCCAAGUGCUUAAGGUUUGGCAGGAGCAGGGACAUCGUGUUCUUCUUUUUGCUCAAACUCAACAAAUGCUUGACAUUCUUGAAAGUUUCUUAAUUUCUGCUGGCUACUGCUAUCGGAGAAUGGAUGGCCUGACUCCGGUAAAGCAGAGAAUGGCCCUAAUAGAUGAAUUUAACGACUCAAAUGAUGUCUUCAUUUUCAUCUUAACUACAAAGGUUGGUGGAUUAGGGACUAAUCUAACCGGUGCAAAUAGAGUGAUUAUUUUUGACCCAGAUUGGAAUCCUUCAACUGACAUGCAGGCAAGGGAAAGGGCUUGGCGUAUUGGUCAGAAACGGGAUGUUACUGUCUAUAGAUUGAUCACACGUGGAACUAUUGAGGAGAAGGUGUACCACCGGCAGAUUUACAAGCAUUUUCUUACUAAUAAGAUUUUGAAAAACCCACAGCAGAGAAGGUUCUUCAGAGCUCGAGAUAUGAAGGACCUUUUUGUUUUGAAUGAUGAUGGAGAAAGUGUGACAACUGAAACAUCUAAUAUUUUCAGUCAGUUAUCUGAAGAUGUAAAUGUUGUUGGUGCAAAGAAAGAAAAGGAGGACAAGCAGAAGCACCAUAAAGGUAGCACGUCUCAUUUUGAUGAUGCUGCAACUAACCAAGAAAGCAAACGUAAUAGUGGAGGUUCCAGGAUGAAAGGAAAAGAAAAAGCCAAUCACUGUGACGGUGAAGUAGAUGAAGAAACAAAUAUUUUGAGGAGCCUUUUUGAUGCUCAUGGUUUACAUAGCGCUGUGAACCAUGAUGCUAUUAUGAAUGCACAUGAUGAAGAGAAAAUGAGGCUUGAGGAGCAGGCUUCCCAAGUUGCGCGAAAGGCAGCAGAAGCACUGCGUCAAUCACGAAUGCUUCGUAGUCGUGAUAGCAUAUCUGUCCCGACAUGGACGGGUAAAUCUGGGGCUGCUGGUGCACCAUCUUCUGUUCGUCAGAAAUUUGGGUCAACUGUGAACUCCCAGCUGAUUAGAUCAUCCGACCAAUCAUCCAGUAAUAAACCAAGCAGAUUGAAUGGAAUAGCAGCUGGAGCUUCUGCUGGGAAAGCAUUAUCCUCAGCUGAACUACUAGCUAAAAUUCGUGGAAACCAAGAAAAAGCUGUCGGUGCUGGGCUGGGAUCAAGUUCUACUAAUGGAAUGUCUUGUUCAUCUCAAAAUUCAUCUACUGUCCAGCCUGAAAUAUUGAUACGUCAGAUCUGUACUUUUAUACAACAAAGAGGCGGAAGCACCGAUUCAUCAAGCAUAGUGCAGCACUUCAAGGAUAGGAUCCCUUCCAAGGAUCUGCCCUUGUUUAAGAAUCUUUUGAAGGAAAUAGCUAAAUUGGAGGAAGACCAAAAUGGAAAAUUCUGGGUUUUGAAACCAGAGUAUCGACAGUCAUAACCCAUGCAUUUGAGUAGUUCAUUUCUUCGAUUACAAAUGUUGCAACAGGGCUAUCCCUCGAGUUGUGAGCUCCCUCCAUUUUUUGCAUGUAAAGCAUUUUGGUGAUCGUACUGCCUUUUGGUAGUGCUGAAUUAUAGCAAUACCUUUUUGGCUUUCAAAAAUUUUAAAAAAUAAAUUAAUUAAUUUGGAAGAAAGUAA